AUGCAGGAACCCAGCCCUGGCUUAAAUCCCAAUGUUCUUGACUUGCCAAAUCUUUGCAAGCUUGUUGAAGACCUUGGAGCCGAUUUGAGAAACCUAUGGAAAUUAGAGAGGAUCUGUGUGGUCAACAUGUUUUUGAGGCUUAAUGCCCUUUAUUUUGUGAAUGGUCUUGUCAUGGAAGGGCCUGUAUUGCUAGGAAAAGCAUUUCCCAAGAUUAUCUCUGCUGCGCUAUCUAUCCCUUUAAUUCCUUCCCAGUCUGUACCUCCCCUACUGAUGAGUAAUCUAUUACUGUUAAACACCAUUCACUACCCUCCAAAUGCCGGAUCCGAUGCUGGCCCUGUGUCUUACCUAACACCCUCUACUCAUGGUGUCAACCCUCCCGCAGCAGGCGGGCCACUCAUCUCUCUGAGUGCUUGCUGCAGUCCACAAUCAGUCAGAACCCCUGUCUCAACUUCUACAACGACGCCCAUGGGUUUUGCAGAUACGCCUGGUUCUAGUAGUUUGCCGCUCAACCAAGCCGUUAAAGCACUGGAAUCGACACGUAACAGGCCAACGCAACAGCAGAGGUGUGAGCAGGCGAUUAUCACAUUGUUGCAAUCAUGUACAUUUACAAAGGAGAAUGUGUGUCUUAGUGAUGAGGAAAUCAAGAAAAUUAUUAAAGCAGGAGCUCGCCUUCUCACACAGGAUCCUUUUAGAAUAGUGCGGCCCCUCUUCAACAGUGGAGCUGAUAUAUUAUCUAGCUUAAAAAGACUUAGACUUCCUGAAGAAUGGGAAGGUAUAAAUGGAGUGGUGAUUUACCUUAGAGUGCUUGAGAAAGAUAAGGACAAGAAAAUCUCUUUUUCUCUUAAUCCCUUGGCAAGGCGUGUCGCGCAAUUAUUAUUCUAUCUUAAUUAUGUGUCUCUGCAUAAGAAAGGCAAGCCUGAUAUGGUCACCUGCAUUCUUAAUGCCUACCACGAUGAUCCUAACAAAUCCAAGGGGAAAAUUAACGCGCUGAUUACCUUCACCUUGCGCACUCGCCCAGGCACUAUUCACCUCUAUUACUCACUAGCGCCAGUGGCAAUGUCACUCUUAAGCAGAAAGCUUCUAGCUAAUCUUUGCCUCCUAAGACAUAAUGUACUAGAGGAAGCCCAUACCCAGGAUGAGAAUCAGGUCAAAAAUACUAAACUGUACGCGGAGAAAACUGUGACUGAUUUUAUUAACUUACUUACACAUUAG